AUGUCAGCGACUGAAGCAGACACAUCGUCUUCAUCUACGGCAACGUUUUUGUCGGCGUUGGUACUUAACAGUGCCAUCGCUGGUGCGCAAUUUUUGGCCUUCUGCCUCUUAAGGCUCAAAUUUCCACAUAUUUACCAGCCACGUGUUACAAAGCCACCUGUAAAACACAGAGCCACUGGCCUCACCAAGAGCGUAGUGGGUUGGUUACCGCAGGUAUUUAAGGCACCGUAUCAGCCUAUAGCGAGGCACAACGGCCUUGACAGUUUCAUGUUCAUCAGAUACCUUCGCUUGAUUGUUAAGAUGUUCGUCCCUAUGUGGGUCGUGUCCUGGGUUAUCUUGUUCCCGGUAAACAGCGCAAAUUCUGAUGGUGGCAAGGAUGGUUUGAAUAUGUUCACGUUCGGUAACAUUUCCACUAGCAACCACCCACGUUAUGCCGCUAGUUUACUCCUUGCCUGGAUUUUUACUUUCUGGAUUUUCUACCUCAUCAGGUCCGAAAUGACUUACUUCAUUAACGCAAGACAACGCUAUCUUAUCGAUAAAGAGCACUCGUCCCUCCCACAGGCCAAUACCGUCCUCAUUACAGGUGUACCUCAAUCGCAGUUGAAUAAAGAAAAGCUCUAUGAUCUCUUUUCCUACCUUCCUGGCGGUAUUAAAGAUGUCUGGAUUAACCAAGAUCUCAGAGAGUUACCAGAGAUGCACGAAAAUCGUCUCAACGCCUGCAACAAGCUUGAAGGUGCAGUCACAGCAACUAUUAAAACUGCCAAAGACAUGGAGCUGAAGCGCGCAAAGGCCGAAAAGAAGGGCAAGCCAGCUCCAAAGAAGACCAUUGUAGAGGAUGAGGACUUGGAAAAGGACGACAUUGGAGUUGCCGAAAAGCUUAUCCCUGCAAAGCAACGCCCAACUCACAAGCUUGGUUUCAUGGGACUGUUUGGAGAGAAGGUUGACACUCUCAUAUGGUGCAGGGAGGAAAUCUCGAGAUUGAAUGCUGAAAUUGGUGAUAUGCGUAAAGAGGUCAAUUCAGACCCAGAAAAAUACAAACCUAAGGGCUCUUGUUUCAUUCUUUUCAACCAACAACUCGCAGCACAUCUCUGCGCAAAAUCAUUGAUCCACCACGCUCCUUACAGAAUGGUUGAAAAAUACUCCGAGGUCGGCCCAGACGAUGUCAUUUGGACGAACCUUAACGUUAACCCAUACGAGAAACGUCUUAAGUCUGUCGUCAGCUGGGCAGCUACCAUAGCUAUUACUAUCUUUUUCGCCAUCCCAGUCGCAUUUGCUGGUGCUGUAUCCAACAUCAACGCACUUGCUUCUAGAUACAGCUGGCUGGAGUGGCUAGGAGAUCUUCCACAACCGGUCAAGGGUAUCAUUCAGGGUGCAUUUCCACCAGUGCUUGUUGCUAUUCUUUUUGCCCUAGUUCCGAUCCUCUUCCGUCUGUUAAGUAAGUUUGAGGGUAUUCCACGCUCAACGGCGGUAGAGCUUUCGCUUAUGCACCGCUACUUCUUAUUCUUGGUAUUUAACGGUUUCUUGAUCACCACUCUCUCUUCUGGUAUUAUCAGCUCGCUACGUCAACUAACUACAGCCGAUGUGACAACUUAUCCACAAAUCCUUGCAAACAACCUUCCAGGUGCCUCCAUCUACUUUAUCACCUACGUCACCCUUCAAGGUCUUUCUGGAUCUUCCGGUGCACUGCUGCAAAUAGGUGGAUUGGUUGUGUUCUACAUAAAGUCAUGGUUCUUGGGAUCGACACCACGUUCACGUUGGAUGAUCUUCAACGCCAUGCCUGGUGUCGCAUGGGGUACGCUAUUCCCACCAAUGUCUCUCCUGGUCGUCAUCACUAUUGCGUACUCCAUCAUUGCACCAAUCCUGAACGGCUUUGGUGCCGUCGCCUUUAUGCUCUUCUACUUUACCUACAAAUACAACUUCCUCUACGUAUACGAUAUUAAGCCGGUCUCGGACACGGGUGGGCUGUUUUUCCCAAAGGCGAUUCAGCACAUUUUCACGGGAAUGUACAUCUCGCAAAUCUGUUUGGCUGCGCUAUUUUUCCUUUCUAAGUACGACGGUAGGCAGGUGGGUAUUCCGGAAGGUGUGAUCAUGGUUGUACUUAUCGUGAUCACAAUCGGCUUCCACAUAAUGAUCAACAGCUCAUACCAGCCACUCUGCGAAGCGCUACCAUUGACGCUGGCAUCCAAGACGUGGGGCCAGCAGAGCGAUGAACAGCCAUUGCUUUCUGGACACAACACGGUCGACAGUUCGAACGAGAUCAGGGAGUCGAGUGAUGGCAGUAUGCCACUCUCUGAACUUGGAAAGAGCAUGGGCAAGACGCCAUUGGAUGAAAAGAAGGAAAAAUUGGGAGCGAUUGAGGAGGGAGAGGGUGAAAGUAAGGGUGAUAAGGGUAGUAAACAUAGGGCGCACGAAGACCAAGACGAAGAUCGUACGAGGCAUGAAGACGAGGAAGAGGCCAGCACGCCACCACCACCAUUCAGUGAGCAGGAGGUCUCGUUCACGCACCCAUCCAUGUGCCACCCACAGCAGAUCGUUUGGACCGCUAAAGAUGAGUACGGCAUUUCAGAUGAAGUUGUGGAGAAGUGUACUAGAGAUAAUGUCAACGCAACCAAUGAGCGCGCGUGGAUAAAUUCAAACGAGAAGGGCAAGCUGGGUAAAAUUGAGACACGCGGCUGGCCACCAGGCGAAGACCAUAAGUUUGCGUAG